CUAGUCUACCGUGCGCGAGUAAUAACGGCCUCCUGCGGCGGCGUCUGCGAUCAGCUCGGCCCACACCGCCUUCGGCGGGGGUGCAGAGUUCUGCAGAAUGGAGGGGGACCAAGUGGAAAAAAUGGUGCUAACAAAAGAUGGGAGAAAAACUGCUGUGGAUAAGGAGUGUGAUGGGGAAGAAAAUAAGUCAGUGGAAAGCUACAGCAAGGUUUACAUGGAUUACAAUGCAACCACCCCAAUGGCACCGGAGGUGAUCCAAACUGUAACAGAGGCCAUGCAUGAGGCCUGGGGUAACCCCAGCAGUUCUUACACAGCAGGUAGAAAGGCCAAGGAGAUCAUAAAUAAAGCUCGGGAGAGCCUGGCCCAGAUGGUGGGAGGAAGGCCCCAGGAUAUCAUUUUCACCUCAGGGGGCACAGAGGCAAAUAAUUUAGUUAUCCACACGGCACUGAGGCAUUUUAGAGAGAGUCGGGUGCUGGGACAGGAUGGGCCUGGUGAGGAUCACAAAAGGGCAGCCGGGGCCACUCCUCAUUUCAUUACAUCUAAUGUGGAACAUGACUCGGUCCGUUUGCCAUUGGAGCACCUUGUGAAAGAGCACAUGGCAGAAGCCACCUUUGUCCCAGUGUCCAAGAUCACUGGGCAAGUGGAAGUUGAUGAUACUAUUGCAGCAAUCCGUCCAACCACGUGCCUGGUUUCCAUCAUGCUGGCCAAUAAUGAGACUGGGGUAAUCAUGCCCAUCUCAGAGCUCAGCCAGCGGAUUCAGAUCCUGAAUCAGAACAGAAUGGCAUUAGGGCUGCCCAGGAUUUUGAUGCACACAGACGCAGCCCAGAUGAUAGGGAAAGGGCGAGUGGAUGGACAGGAUCUGGGAGUGGAUUACCUCACCAUUGUGGGACACAAGUUCUAUGCCCCACGGAUUGGAGCACUGUAUGUUCAAGGACCUGGGGUCACCACUCCUCUGCAUCCCAUGCUGUUUGGAGGGGGACAGGAGCGGAAUUUCCGUCCUGGGACAGAGAAUACGCCAAUGAUUGCUGGCCUUGGCAAGGCUGCUGAGCUGGUGAACAAGAACUGUGAGGAUUAUGAGGCUCACAUGAAGGAGGUUCGGGAUUACUUGGAGGAGAGGCUAGAAGCUUCAUUUGGAAAGCAGAGACUCCACUUUAACAGUCGAUUUCCAGGUGCCAAGCGGCUCUGCAACACUUGUAACUUUUCUAUUCGGGGGCCAGGGCUGCAAGGGUGGAUGGUGCUGUCCCACUGCAAGACUCUACUUGCCAGUGUUGGUGCUGCAUGCCAUUCGAAGAAGGGUGACCAGCCCUCCUCUAUCCUGCUCAGCUGUGGGAUUCCCUAUGAAGUGGCUCAGAAUGCCCUGCGGCUCAGUGUGGGGCGGGACACCACCAAGGAGGAUGUGGACAUAGUAGUGGAAGAUCUGAAGCAGUCUGUGGCUCAGCUGGAACAGAACAGAGUCACUCAGAGAUCAGGGGUCAGGACUGGGAACUAAGAGGAGAGAUCUCCUUGAAAGAAACAGAUUCCUGGGGCGUGAUUCUCCCCUGCCCUGUACCUGGUGUGUCAUUUAUUGGUUGUGACAAGCUGUCCAGUCAGAACAGUAAUAUUUUACACCUGCCUUGGUUUGAUGUAAAUGGCUGCAGAAGGUGCAGGCAAUGGCGAAUCAGACCUUUAGACUCUUCCCAUUCCUGAACUGGCUGUCCUGUGCUGGGAAAACUGCAGCUGUUAUUACAUGUUCAUUCCUUUAGGACAUUGGAGUGUGGCAAGUAAUAUUACUGCUUAAGUUUGGGAAAGUUUUAAACGCUCACUUGUUCUACUGAGAAGUUAAAACUCUGGGUUUGGGGACUGUGCAUUUGGGCCUUGGGGGGAGGGAGAAUGUUAAUGUAUUCAUCUAUGUUUAUAUCCGGGGGAGCAGCUGUAAUUGUGCACAGGUGUGCCUGGGCUAGCACAGAGGAAUGAGAGUAGGAGUCUGCAUUCAGGAGCACUCGAUGAGGGAUUAGGAAGGCAUGUAUGUGUUCCUGGGAUACCUGUAUUUGCACAUAGGAGGCUGUGUGAGAAAGCCUGCAUUUAUGCAUAGGAGGGUGUAUGUAUGUCUUAAGGGUGCCAAUCUUAGAAUGUGUGUGUGCAGUCAGGAGGUAGUUGGGCUAGUGCACAGGAUGUGUGUGCAUUCAGAGGAAGAGUUAGCGUGCAUGCGUCAUUUUGUCACAUCUGGCCAGUCCCACCUUUCUGAGCAUCAGAAUUGUAGAAUCUGUGAUGCGCACACACACACUGUACAUGCGCAUAGUUAUGAGCAUUAAAGAUCUUCGCUCUGACUUCCCCAUGAAGGAAACAGACUUUCCAGGACUCAUGGAAAUUAGGAAAAUUUUUGUUUCAAAUCAGUGUUUUUCCAGGAAAUGAGGUUGCCAGACAAGGCUCUUAUUGGUGUCUCUCAAAGGCAGGAAUAUAACAUUUACUGUACCACAUUAGAUCCUUGGUACCUUGGCUGGUACCUUGCCUCCGACUGGCCAAUACCUGAUUUUUCAGAGGAUUUGUUGGUACUGAAGGAACUAGAAUACUACUUUUAAGUAUUCUUCAAACUCUUUUAUGAUGGUCCUUAUAACACCUGCACUGGUUACUCUUGUUGGUGUUGACAGUGCAUUCUUCCUAUUACUUCUCCUGCCCGGGAGCAGAUCCUGCAUUCAGCUGUGAAUUCUUUGAAGGGAAUGCACUGUCUGUUAUGCACCUGCUCCUGUGGAGAACAGAACCUGGCCACUCAGAUGGCUCUUUUAUUCAUACUGCUAAUCAAUGGAUUAGAAAUAAACUGAUAAAGCAGUAACUCAUCAUAGGGGAACAGCCUGGCAGGGUGAAGUGAGGAGAUGAGGAAGGAUUAAUAUGUCUGUAUUCUCACUGAUAGUAAAAGAUAUCUCUGUUAAACUGAAACAUUUUAAUUAAAAGCGCAUUUUUCUUCA